UUCACACAUGUGAUUCACACCAGAGAAGAACAAUUUCACACCCUCCAAACUUGAUAGCUAACACCCCCUAAACUGGUUAUUCUAUGGAUUAGUUUUUCGUGGUUUUCAUUUGUCUCUGCGUUAUUUUGCUAAUAUUUAGCCAUUAUUUAGUUCACUUGUUAACUGUUUUGGGAAAUUGUUGAAUUGAUUAUUACUACUUAUUAAUUUGUUAAUUAAACAUGGAAGCCCGUAUUUCACAGUCCCAGACCCAAAACAAAAAGUGCCUGCUUUGUAAUUUGGAAUUUUCUUGUGUUUCGGCAAAGAAUAGACAUAUGAAAAAUCUUCAUAACCAAAUACCAAAUACAAAUGCUAGAAAAUCACAUAUUAUUUGCCCAUUGUGUACUGAAAAUGAAAUAGUUUGUGGAAGUUACAAUAUAUUGGAAGAACAUUUGAAGAUAAACCAUGGAAUAAAAUUGGAAAUAGAAACGCAUAACUUUGCUACAAGGGAAAGUUAUGAACAGUGGUUUGAAGAACAGAAGAUUAAGACAAAUUAUGUAUCCGCCAGAUCCAACAAAUUUAAUGAUUAUGUGGAAAAAUCUUACAAUUGUAAUCGCAGUAAUUCAGAAGGAUACAUCAGCAAAUGUUCUAAACGAACAGAGAAGGCUGGUGGUUCAAUAAAAAUAUAUGGAGUUUGCCCAUCUCAUUUAAAUAUUAAAAUCUGGCAGACAGGAGAGACUACAGUAAAAUUUUGGAAAUCACAUGUCGGUCAUGAAGAAGACAUCAGGAGUCAGCACUUAUCAGAGAUGGAAAAAAAACAAAUAGUUUCAAAAUUAUCUAGUGGUGUAACUGUAGAGAGAAUUAUUUCUGAUGCUAGAAAAAUGACAUCGGAGACUGAGAACCUUCAAAGGAUAAAUAUACUGAAUAGGAAAGAUGUGUCAUAUCUAAUGAAAAAACAUAAUAUAAUGAAGAACAAAUUAUUUUCGGAGAAUAAGUCAUCACACAUUAAAGGACAUAAAGAAGAAACUGAAAAUUUUGUUAGAGAGAAUGGAUCGGACAGCAAUGAUUUACUUACGAUAGAUGACACAGAGGACUACAAUUUGAGACAGCGGACAGAAAUUGCUAAUACUUUUAAAAACUUUAUACUAUCCUUAAAUGGUGAGGCUUUUGAAAGGGUUGUCCGAAAAUAUAGUUUAAUAAUGGAGCAAGAAAAUAAAUCAAGGAAAAUGGUCAAACAAGAAUUCAUUCCAAGAAAGCGAAAGAAGUAGAGUAUUGUUUAGGCACAGGUUUUUAGUAUAGCUUAGGAGACCUUUUCUAAUCUUCCAUGUUAAUGUAACCUUUCCCUAUAUCCAUCUUUUCCUCUCCUACUCAUCCCGGUGGAAAUGUUGUCGCCUCUACGUGGUCUCACUAGACAUACACUUUUGUAUGACCAAAUGACAACUUUAAAUUUGUAAAUUUUUACUUUUUAAUACACAUAUUUGGCAGUU